AUGCCCAAGCAAAAAGCUCCAAGGAAGCAGCUCAAGUCCUAUAAACUGAAGCACAUCAACAGGACUGUUCAAGAGGGAGAUGCUGUUUUGAUGCGGUCGUCGGAGCCGGGGAAGCCGUCGUACGUGGCGAGAGUGGAGGCGAUCGAGACGGACGCGCGUGGAUCGAACGCGAGAGUUCGAGUGAGGUGGUAUUACCGCCCGGAGGAAUCCAUCGGAGGGAGGAGACAGUUCCAUGGAGCCAAGGAGCUCUUCCUCUCGGACCACUACGAUUUCCAAAGCGCCGAUACUAUCGAAGGCAAGUGUAAGGUCCACAGUUUCAGUAGCUACACCAAGCUCGACUCCGUCGGAAACGACGACUUCUUCUGUCGUUUCGAGUACAACUCUACCACCGGCGCGUUUAUUCCCGACAGAGUCGCCGUCUUCUGCAAAUGCGAGAUGCCAUACAAUCCUGAUGACUUGAUGGUGCAAUGCGAGGACUGUUCUGAGUGGUUUCAUCCUUCUUGUAUAGGAACGUCAAUAGAGGAAGCUAAAAAGUUGGAUCACUUCUACUGCGAAGAAUGUUCCCCAGAAGAGCACGAGUUCCACAACUCUAAAACAACUUCGAAAAACUCAGAUGCUAAGGUUAAUACAAAGCGCAGCCUGGAGGUAGGCAAGACGAGGAACAAACACACCAAGCGAUCAGGUUAA